UUCUCUUCCGCCCCCCAGAUCCCUCUCCGUUCGCGCGCCGUCCUGUAAUCGCGAUUUAGGGUGUGUUUGGUUGCGGGGUAUGAGGUCGAAGGGUUGCAUAAGAUGUUCCAACUUGUGUGGAAUGGAAUGGAAUGGUUCAAGUAAGGUGUUUGGUACUGGGUGAUAGGAUGGUUUGGGAUUUUGUUUGUGUGAGAUGACCCAAGACGCAUCAAGAGCCGAUUAGCGCAGCUAAGCAUACGAUUAGAAGCUGAGAGCUCAGAUCGAUGUCGCAGUCAGGCUGUUCCUCGAUGGAUCUCUCUCAUAGACCCCCACGCGUGGGUGACUCACGCUUGCAUUUAUGGGAGAUCGAAUUAGAUGCUCCUCCUGUGUCUUAACUUUUGAUCCGCAGCGAGUGAAUCUAUUCUGAAGUGCGCCAGGGUUUGACCUAUAGGGGAAUAUGGGCGAAUAAGCCUUUGCAGGAUGCUGCAUUCUGUUCUUCUUUCCAUCAGUUAUUAUGCUAUUCUUAGGUGAUAUUGUCUGAGGGUUAGUGGUGGUGUUUCUUGGGCAUUGCAGCAGCAGCUGGGUGCCGUGGGUGUUCUCGGUAUCCAUGGCGUGGAAGCAGCAGCAUGUUGCGAUAUUCACCACGGCGAGCCUACCGUGGAUGACUGGGACUGCCGUAAACCCCCUGUUCCGGGCAGCUUACCUCGCCAAGGCCGGGGACUGGGAGGUCACGCUGGUGGUCCCAUGGCUGUCCAAGGCGGACCAGGUGCUCGUUUAUCCUAACAAGAUGAAGUUUAGUUUGCCGACGGAGCAGGAAGGCUAUGUGCGGAGGUGGCUUGAGGAGCGGAUUGGGGUAUUGCUGAGAUUUGACAUAAAGUUCUAUCCUGGCAAGUUUUCAACGGAGAAAAGAAGCAUUCUACCUGUUGGGGACAUCACACAGACCAUAUCUGAUGAUAAAGCAGAUAUUGCAGUGCUAGAAGAGCCCGAACAUCUUACAUGGUACCAUCAUGGACGGAGGUGGAAAAACAAGUUCCGGAAAGUCAUUGGUGUUGUUCAUACAAACUACUUGGAAUACGUGAAAAGAGAGAAGAAUGGAUAUAUUAGUGCAUUUAUCUUGAAACACAUCAAUUCUUGGGUCACUGACAUAUACUGCCAUAAGGUUAUAAGAUUGUCUGCAGCAACUCAGGAUGUCCCUAGGUCUGUGAUUUGUAAUGUUCAUGGAGUAAACCCCAAAUUUAUUGAAAUUGGCAAAUUGAAGCAUCAGCAGCUAUGUCAAAGAGAGCAAGCUUUCUUCAAGGGUGCAUAUUAUAUUGGAAAGAUGGUAUGGAGUAAAGGUUACACAGAGCUUCUCCAACUGCUUUACAAGCACCAAAAGGAAUUGUCUGGUCUUAAGAUGGAGUUGUAUGGGAGCGGGGAAGAUGCUGAUGAAGUAAAAGCAUCAGCUGAGAGACUAAAUCUAGAUAUUAGAGUCUAUCCAGGCCGUGAUCAUGGAGAUUCAAUAUUUCACGACUACAAGGUUUUCAUAAACCCAAGCACAACUGAUGUGGUAUGCACAACAACUGCAGAAGCUUUGGCGAUGGGGAAGAUCGUGAUCUGUGCAAACCAUCCUUCAAAUGAAUUUUUCAAAAGGUUUCCUAAUUGUCACAUGUACAGUACCGAGAAAGAGUUUGUAAGGCUAACAAUGAAAGCAUCGGGAGAAGAGCCAAUCCCACUUUCAAAUGAAUUGAGGCAUGAGCUUUCCUGGGAGGCAGCGACAGAAAGAUUUGUUAGGGUUGCUGAUAUUGCACCAACCAUGUCUGUCAGGCAAGAACCUCCCUCUUCGCAGCAUUUCAUGCGCAUCCCCCCAGAUGAACUGAAGAAGAACAUGGAAGAGGCAUCGGCAUUUUUCCAUAACACGAUUUCUGGGAUUGAAGCUGCCCGUUAUGUAUUCGGUGCAAUACCAAAUACUCUGCAGCCGGAUGAACAGCAAUGCAAGGAACUUGGGUGGAAUUUGCAGAGACAAUAAUCGUUUCUCUCGUGAUGCUGUUGUCAAGGAACUUGGGUGGAAUUUGCAACUAACCUCAGUCCAGUUGGUGGCUCAGGAACUAACUAAGCAGCACAAAACUCUGUUACUCGAAAAGGAUGUCAGAUUGAUCAGGCAGCCUCUUGUGGUUUUCUGUUGUGGCGGUGCUUCAAUUUUCCACCGCAUGCUAUGAUCUCCUGUAUGUACCCUGUGUUUUAUAUCUUCCUGUUGUUUCCCGAGAUUGGCACAUGCUUUAACAACCGUGUAAGAUGUGAAGAAGUCUUGUACAUCAUUCCGUGUUCAUAUGCCAGAUGAAGAAACUUACUCCUA